UUUUCUCUUCUCUACCCUUUCUUUCUUUCUUUAAUAAAUCUCUCCCUCUCACACUUCUUUUCAGCUUUUUCCUUUCUUUGACUUGUUAAGGGUUUCUUUUGCUUUUAAAUUUUUUUUCUUUUCCUUUUCAAUUCUCAUCAAAUCAAACCCACAGCUUCUCAUUCAUUAGUAUUUUUGGGUCUGUUUUUCUUUGCACCGAAAAUUGCAUGAGCCAGUCUUUUCCUUUUCCAGAAGCUUUGAAGACCCCUUAUAGCUUUAAGGCAUUGAAUGUGGUAAAAUGGGGUGUUUCACAGUCUUGAAGAGCAAGAAGAAAAAGCCUGAACCUUCAGUUUCCAUCAAGCGUGUUAGUCCUAAGGAGCAAACACCAACCACGCUACCAGAACCCCAGAUCCCAACUCGGUCAUUGCAAUCAGCACCCCCUAGUUUUAGGACUAGAGUGAAACCUGUUCAACCAGAUAACAGAUUAAUUAACAAUAGAGCACGGGUAAAGUCAGCUCCAGAAAGCCUUGAUUCUGCAGAGCAAGAUGAUCUUGCAGCAAUUGAAUAUGAUGAGCAUGAAGAGUUGAAGAGCAGAGUUAGUUUAGCGAGGGACCACCUGAGCCCACAGCCUCUUCCUCUUCCUGCCGCCGCACUGAAGCCUGCAGGUAGCUUGAAAUUCACAAAUGGCAGUGGCCCUCUCUAUGCUUCUGGGCCAUUGCCAUUGCCACCAGGUGUAACACAGAGUGGAACAUUAAGGAACUUUUCGUAUGAUGAAAUCAUAUCUGCUUGCCGCAAUUUCUCUUCAGAUCGGUGUGUAUCUGAAGGUCUUUCUUCGAUUAUAUACCGGGCUUCCUUUGGGGAUGAUACUUCAAGUUCAAAGAAGUUCGAAGCCACUGUUACACGUCUUCAUUCCUCCCCUCAGGGUUUCAAGGAAUUUAUAAAUGAGGUUAAUACUCUUGCAUCCUUGCGGCAUCCAAACCUGUGUAAAUUGCUUGGUUAUCAUGCACGUGAUGGGUCAGAGCAGAGAAUGCUGAUCUAUGAGAGGCUUUAUCAUGGAAGCUUGGACCGCCUUUUGUAUGGGAGAUUAGAUGGCCCUCCAAUUGACUGGAAUACCAGAAUGAAAAUUGCUUUAUGUGCUGCACAAGGUCUUACUUUUUUGCAUGAAGAGGGGCCUUUCCAGGCAAUGUACAAUGAAUUCUCUACUGGCAACAUACAGAUCGAUAAAGAUUUUAGCGCAAAGCUUUCAGGAUAUGGUUGUGUUGGUCAUAUUCCUGAGACAGAGAUCUCUAACAGUUCAGUGGCUGUGGCUAAUCUCUCUGUGGAGACACUGGAGAGAGGGUUGUUGACUCCGAAGAGCAAUGUAUGGAGUUUUGGAAUUGUGCUGCUUGAGCUACUUACCGGCAGGAAGAAUCUUGAUAAUCGCCAUCCCAAGGAGGAGAGGAAUUUAGUAAGAUGGAGCCGGCCUUUCCUAGAUGAUGACUGUAGACUGUCACUGAUUAUGGAUCCUCAGCUAAAAGGCCGUUUCCCUCUGAAAGCAGCAAGGACAGUGGCCGAUAUUGCUCUUAGAUGUCUUAAGAAGGACCCACUGGAAAGACCAACUAUGAGAGCCAUUGUAGAAAAUCUUAGAGUCAUACAAGACAUGAAAUCCUCAACUCGAUUCCCUUUGCAAGAACCAGCUGCAGUUGCUGGAAAACAGAUGUCUAGAUCCCCAAGUCUGAAUGGGAUCAUUACCCCAGCACCCAGGUUAAGUUUCUCACCAUCCCCACCGUCAAGAGCCCGACCAUCUCUUUCUCCUACAAGGCCACCUGCUUUGCCCAUCUCUCUUCCUCCACGUGCCUGUUCGACCCUCUCAUUGGACGAAUUGGAACAGCAAGAAAGCCGAAAGUCAUCAUCAUCAGCUGUUCGAAGGCCUAGUGUUGAAGGAUUUUGAUUGUUAAUAUGUAUUUUCUCUUUUAAAAUUCUUUUCCUUUUUUGGAAUACCCUUUUCGAUUCCCUUUUUGCUGAUUCAAUAGAAUAUAUAGAAAGAUAAAAUGUGGUUCUUCCCCUUCCAAUCCUUCAAGAUAAAAGAGAGGAUGUUGUUUUGUAGAUAGAGUGCGAAGCCUGGUCCCUCGAGGCUGAUUAGUUUCUGUAGUCCACAAUGCCAUUUAUAUGAUAGUAUUCUAAAUCCACCCUUUGCCUAGUA